UUCUUUUCCCAUCCAAUGUGCGUGCCAAUUCUGCACCACACACCAAUCGCUUGCAUAAAAGCACGCUCCGUCGAUCCAGUCCCAUACCACAUCACGAUAUUCACAAUCCACCAAGUCACAGCCCAUGAUCAUGGUGCACCGUGCUACGAUCAUCGCGCUCGUUGCGCUGAUCUGCUGCCUCCUGGCCGGCGGCGGGGCGCGCGCGCAGCCGUUCGACUACCCGGCGGCGGGGCUCUCCACGACCUGGGCCAACACGGAGGCCGCCCUGCCGCACCACGUCGUCUACACCGACGGCUCCGUGGCGCGCGCCGCCCUGCUGCGUCUCAACCCGGCCGGCCUCGGCCCCUCCUACGCCUUCGGCUUCUUCUGCACCGCCAGUCAACCACGCGGCAACGGCCCCGCGGCCCCGUGCACGGAGUUCCUUCUCGGCGUCGCCGUCGUGUACUGCAACAGCGGCGCGGGCAUGACGUUCGUCACGGCCGGCGUCCCGCAGGUCGUCUGGUCGGCCAACCGCGGCAGCCCCGUCCGGGAGGGCGCCGCGGCCGAGCUCACGCCGGAGGGCGACCUCGUGCUCAGGUCCAGUAACGGCGCGGUCGUGUGGUCGGCCGGCACCAAGGGCCGGUCCGUCGCCGGGGCGCGCAUCGGCAGCGACGGCAACCUGGUGCUGUUCGACGGGCGCAACGCCACGGUGUGGCAGUCGUUCGACCACCCCACGAACGCGCUCCUCGUCGGGCAGUCGCUGAAGCACGGGGCGCGGCUCACCGCCAACGCGUCGACCGCGGACUGGCGCGAUGGCAGGCUCUACCUCGCCGUCGACGACGAUGGACUGAAUGCCUACGUCAACGCCACGCCGCCGCAGCGCUACUACCACCUCGGCCUCAGCGAGACCGCACCCGGCGCCUACGCGACGUACACCAACGGCAGUCUCACGGUUUCCGCUCGUCCUGGUGCGCCACCGCUGGCCGCCAUCCAGCUGCCCACCGUCGGGGCAGGCACGGUGCAGUACAUGCGGCUGGAGCACGACGGCCACCUCCGGAUCUACGAGUGGCGCUCGGGCUGGGCGCCGGUGUACGACGUGCUCAAGUUCUGCGACAUGUAUGUACAAAUUCCAUUAUAGAAAAAAAUGGACAUAAAUCUUGUCUCCAUUCUCUCUGUAUUGAUCACCUCAUGCCAGAUGGAUGGUGACUUAGCUUGUGCCGAACCCAAUAAUGUCUAUAAUCCUAGAAACACCUCUAAAACUAUGUUGGUUUCUGCCUUGGCUUAAUAAAGUUGGGGCCGAGGAAACCCCUAUGUUUAAAAAAAAACACCUCUAAAACUAUGACGUUAUACUAUUG